CUCCGCCAUUCACUAAGUAGACUAUGCGAAAGGCUGGGAAAAUUUCUCAUAUUCGGCUCCUUUAUCACUCUUUAUCUGAAGAAAUAAUCGCAGACAACCUCGCUUCCUUGAAAUUUAUUCUUCGUGGUGAUUACCUAACGCCAGUAAGGUUGGAAAAAAUUGAUAAUGCUAAGCAACUUUUAUCAGCGAUUGGGGAGGUCGUCGAAAACGAAUCAAAGCAGCUUGAGUUGUUAAAAAAACUUUUUGAAGAAAUUGGUAGGAGAGAUUUAAAGUCAAAGGUCGAAGAAUUCCAACAGUCAAGAAAAGGUAGGUUACUUUAUUCGCUCAAAAAUACGAUUAAUUAUUAGCUGGUUUCAACGAAAGUGAAGACAUGACAUCCGCAGCGAGGGGCCGGUGUGGGGGAAUUUGGGGUGAUAGGUCAUCACUGUAAUCCUGCUGUAAUGGUCAUAUGGGGUUGCUCUGCUUGAAAGGGUAUUUUUCGGGUAGAGUAUCCGUAUCCAAUUUUUGUCAAGUUUGACUACUAGAUAAAAGAAGAAAUUAUAGCAACUUCUGUUCCAUGUAACAGCAGUUUCGCUUCCUUUGAAUGCACAUUUUUAAGGGGGAGCAGAGAGUAGGAGUAUGAAAAGGUAAAGUAUGGGAACAUGGCACCCUUAGUACACUAUAACUUCACCCUUUUAUAGAGUGUUUUCACUGUCACACAAUUCAAAAAAUAAAUUUGAAACCGUUCUACAAAAGAAGCCAAGAAAAUGAAAUGUUACAGAAGACUCCUAAAUAAACAACAAAGUUGUAGUUAUUUUCCCAAAAAGUUUCAUUCAAUGUUAUAGAGAUUUGUAUUAUGAUGCCUUGCUGGUGUACCAGCAUGGAGAAAUUCCAACCUUCCUGAUUUGAUCAGUAGUCUCCCGAUUCUGGAAUUCUGGAAACAAGGAAAAAAUUGCUUAUCUUAAGUAUUUUUUUGCAAUCUGAGUGUGAGAUGUUACGUAUUACCCUUUCCUAUCCUAUAAUGACUCACCAAGUCUCUCCAAUGAAUACUGCCGUGGUGUCAAAAUGCAGUAAAUGCCAGUUGAGACAAAUUAAAUUAGCCAAAUUUCCCGGUGGGGCAUAUCCCCAGACCCCCCGUAGAGGCUCGCACCUAAGGCACUUCUGUGAGUGCCUUCGGCACUAAAAAGUACUCCCUAUUUUCCUUUAAAAGGGUUUGGAAUCUCUGCAACAUGGGACACCAUUAUGGUGACCAGAAACUAACAGACAUCUGGAUAGAUUUCACUUUUGCAAUAAAAAUGCCUUCUUUAAAAUCAAUAACGACUGGAAACUUCUAUAUUGAGUUAUUUCCCGGUCACCUUCAACCUGGUGUAGAUUAAAAUUCAGAAGACCUCGCUAUAAUAAUGUCAUUUUGAAAACACUCUAUAUAUACUUCCUAUUAAUAAUAAAAUCCCUUAAACCACCAUACCACCAAGGCUUGUAAAACUUAACAUACUCUAUUCAUGGCUGCCCUGGCUGUCAGUCAAUGACACUUGGCAUGCUCUUCAUUUAUUUAUGUGAGUCAUGUACCUACAUUUCCUUUUUUCCUUAAGGGCUGGGACACAUCAUUCUUGUUCCCCUUAAAGUCAUGUCAGCAGUAAAGUGUGGGUGUGACAUUGUUGGGUUUGUUUACAUGGAGAAGGAAGAUCCUAGUGCCAGGGGGACCUUAGAUGGCAGAAUAACAUUUCAUUUGGUUUCCAUGAAGAAAUUUUCUAGUUGAUUGUGAUCAUGUUGUAAGAUAUGUAUUUGUCCCCAGCAUUUUUGACUUCAUCUCGCUUCUUUCCUAGGCACAGUUUCCACUCAAUUUUUUGGUUUGACAUCAUAUCUUGGGAACAGAGCCACAGUUUAGACACAUUUUCCCAUUUACUUUUUUUGUUUAGACCACAUUAAUAUCCACCCCUUCAUCUUGAUUGGGAUUUGCUCUCUUCCAAGUUGACUCCCAAAACUUUAACCAUGGUGUCCUGCAAGAAAGUGUUCUUAAGGUGACUCGACCCAGUUAUUUUGUGGGCGUACCAUCCUACUUUGAAGCUCUCUGGUAUCCCCACCUUUACUUUGAUCGUAAGUCCAACAUAUAGCAUAGAUAACAUAUAGAUCAAUCUGCAAUAUAGCAUAAAAUUUUUGGCGAUCAGAGUAAAUGUCACGUGGUUAUAGUGCCACGCCUCUUUCAGGUCUGAGUCGAAAUUCUGCUGUUGCCGGCUUUUUUUCAUGAAAAUCUCUUGGUUAUAUAUAGUGGGCAUUCGUGCCUUGCAUUGAACAGAGUUUCACCAAAAUUGCAAAGACCCAAUUCGAGAAAUUCAGCGGUUUGCAAAUUUAGUUCAUAAUUUAUGUGAAAAAGGCACAAGAAGCACCAGAAUUGUUUAAAAAUCAUGAGUUAAAUCUUUAGGUAUCACACAAUUGCCUGUCUCACGGUACCAAAAUUAUCAUAAAUUAUCUCGGUGAGCAUUCGAUAAUCAGCCAAGCGUGGUCAUUGCACACAUGCUGAACAAGACUGCUGUAUCAUGACAGACUAGAAACAAUAGAGAACUCCCAAAACUCGAACUCAGCCAAAACACUAAAAAUCUUCAAUGUUUACUCCAGUUUCGGCUCAUAGAAGAUAAUGUCACAGUUUUUCAACAACCAUGAAAUUCAGAAUCUGGGUAGUUAGUUAAUUGUGGCCUCGAAAAAAUUUGAAGGGAAAAAAAUACGAAUUUUUAAGAAAAUGCUUUUUUCGUGAGAAGGACUCUUGAACGCUGACAAAUGUCAACAAAUAGCUAAAACUCUAGAUUAUUUCUAUAUGUUUGCAUUGCUCGAAAUCGUGCGCAUUUAUAAGGCCCUAAAGCUUUUUACUGACUUGCAAGCUAGGACCCAUCUGUUAUAAAGAUCCCCAAAAUAAAGGGAUAAAUCUUAUAGUUUAUUAGAUAUAAUCGUGUAAAGUUUGCUUAUCAUUUUCACAUAAAUUAUGACCUAAAUUUGCAAACCGCUGAAUUUCUCGAAUUGGGUCUUUGUGAUUUUGGUAAAACUCUGUUCAACGCAAGGCAAGAAUGCGCACUAUAUGUAGCCGAGAGAUUUUUACGAAAAAGACCUGAAGAGGCAUGGCACUAUAACCACGUGACAUUUACUCCGAUCGCCAAAAAUUUUAUGCUAUGUUGUAGAUUGAUCUAUAUGUUAUCCAUGCUAUAUGUUGGACUUAUGAUCAAAGUAAAGGUGGGGAUACCAGAGAGCUUCAAAGUAGGAUGGUACCCCCACAAAAUAACUGGGCCGAGUCACCUUAAACUCAAGCAAUACUCCUUCCAUGAGAUGCCAGGCAACAUUCCAAUUUCAAAUUCUGUAUUUAUUUCUAUCAAUAGCAGCUCUUGAAGCCAAUGAUUGUUACUUGGGGGAGUUAGAUGUCAAUGCUCCAACACCUUUACCUGCUACCUAUGAUAGACCAGAAACCUCUUUGCAAAGUAGGGAAUCCCUUUUCCAACCAGUAACCUCAGGCAGGAAGCCAGAACCUUCUUUUAUACAUCAACAUUAUGAUUCUCCACUGGAGACAGGAAGUGGUAGCUACAGCACAGCAGAACCCUCUUCUCAAGGUCAGUGGUGUAUGCAGAUGCUUUUGUGGGAUAAGCAGCAGAGAAACCGAGGGAUCUUCCUCGUCAGAAAAUUUUUUACAAAAGAUGCUUGGGAUUGUCUUUUUUUGACCUUAAUUUUGUAGCACAUUUUUUUGUUAAGAAGUUUGUUUUUAAUUAAUACAGGUAGGUACACACAUAACAAUAAAUCAACCAUACAUGUACCUUUAUCAACCAUCAUAAUUAUGAUGGUUAAUAAAAUAAAUAUUAAUUUUUAUUAAAUUGCUAAAUAAGACUUUUAAAGCUCUCAUAAUUUCCUCUUCCAUGAGCAUCUUUUUUCCAGUCUCUACCAAAAUCCAGCUAAUUGGCUUCAAACAAGUGUGGUGGAAGAACAACUCCAUAAUUUAGAAUGCUUUCUCCUUCCAUAGGAUGCCAGGCAACAUUUCAAUUUCAAAUUCUGUUUUAUUGUUUCUAUCAAUGGCAGCUGUUGAAGCCAAUGAUUGUCACUUGGGGGAGUUAAAUGUCAAUGCCCCACCACCUUUAUCUGCUACCUGUAACAGACCAGAAACCUCUUUGAAAAGUAGAGAUUCCGUUUUACAAUUAGGAACUUCAGGCAGGAAGCCAGAACCUUCUUUUAUACAUCAACAUCAUGAUUCUCCACUGCAGACAGGAAGUGGUAGUUACAGCACAGCCGAAACCUCUUCUCAAGGUCAGUACCAUAUGUAGAUGCUUUCGUGGGAUAAUUAGCAGAGAAAGAGAUCAGAGGGAUCUGCCUUGCCAGAAAUUAUGACGCUUGCAUGGGAAUGUUUUUUUGUGGCCUUAAUUUUGUAGCAUAUUUUUUUGUUAAAAAGUUUUUUUUAAUUAACAAGUACACAUUUAACAACAUGGGUAAGAAUAAAUCAACCUUACCUUUAUCAACCAUCAAAUGAUGAUUAAUAAAAUAAAAUUAACAUUUUAUUAAAUUGCUAAAUACAUUUUGUAAGGCUUUUAAAGCUCUCAUAAUUUCCUCUUCCAUGAGCAUUUUUUUUCCAGUCUCUACAAAAAUCCAGCUAAUUGGCUUCAAACAAGCAUGGUUGAAGAACAACUCCAUAAUUUAGAAUGCUAACUGAACAGAUGGCAAAGUUGUAGUUAAGAUACUUUUACCACAGGUAUUCCAAGCUCACGUCACCAGAGUCUAAUGUAUUUUAAUUUCUCACAAGAGAGGCGGUGUCGCAUUACAGGCGACCGUGGAGAUGUUGUAUGAGAAAUAAAAAUACUGAGGUCUGCAAGCACUAAAUAUCACUAUAAUUAUCUUACCUUUUUUGUAUAAAAUAAAUAAAGGAGACUUACCUUUGGUGUAUUCCUGUGUCUUGGUUUGCAAGGGUGCAGUCAAUAUUCCUCUCUGAUUUCAUGUAUUAUAGUUAAGGUUCUCUCAGGUUGGCCGCUAAAGUUCUGCCAUAGUUAGAACAAAGUUUUAGACAGUUGAUUAUGACUACAUUGUAUAGCUUUAUUAAUAAGUGCAUAUACAGGUUUUUCUUUCUUCAAAUAACACUAAUUUUUGUUGGUCCACAACGGUUGAUAAUAGUACAUGAAUCUCUCAAUGGAGACAUAUAAUUAUUGGAAAAAUAAUUACAGUGUUAAAAUAAUGACUGUCCCGGCUCUUUCAAGUGAACACGUUUUUAUUUCUUCUGUCGGUGAUUAUAUAUUGUCUGCUAUUAUUAUAGUGAGAAAUUACACUGUAUAAUCUUUUGUGUAAUUCUAAACAGGCACAUAUGCAUUUGCUGGAAAUAGUGCAGACAAAUUUGGGCAGCAAGUAACGGAAGAUGUGGAAAACUGUAGUCAUAAACCUUGGGGACAUGCGCCCACCGACAGUCAUGAACCAGAAGUUAAUGAACCAGAAGUUAAUGGAAUUGUCGAGAGUAGAGAUCAACCAGAUCGAGGCAAUCCAGUUGCUCCUUCAGGGAGAUCAACAGAAACAUAUGGUUCAACAACAACUACAAGCUCAACCUUUGUUGAAUCACAAGAGAAAGUUCCAAUUGAAAAUUGCACAGCUACUGAUUUGAGUAAUACAACCAACCUGAAAUGCCCAGUUGAGAUGAGCUAUAAGUGCAUAAAAAAAUACUUUGGAAUUGGUACAAAGGAAUUGGGAAGAGGAGGCUUCGGAGUUGUAUAUGAAGGUUAGUAGGUCAAAACCUAACAAUUAUUAUGGUACAUGUAUUUGCAUGCUGUUUUAUUGAAUCUUGGUCACCCUAGAUUUGUUUUAGCAGUUUUCACACAUGUUAAGACUACCCUAACACUAUUGUGGUCUGCUGAGGACUGUGACACUUAUUUUUCAUAAAACGUAUUAGAUUAGACUGAUCAUUGUGAGCUGGCCAUAACGUCUCAUGUAAAAUCAUCAUGGCAGAUCUCCCAGAACUUUAAAACAGUGGCCGCUCAUGAAAAAAGAGAUCAUUUCCUCCUAUGGAUGUUGGAGACAGAACUUUAUGUACAUAAUCGCUAGGCAACAAUUAUUAUUUUUUACCAUAUUUGGAAGCAACAUGGCAGAAGCAAACAGCUACUAACCCUCUGCUGUUCAAAAGAUUUAAUGCCCACUUGGAUCUCCUGCUUGGCCAGAUCACCAACUUUUACCCUGCCAUCUAGAGUUCGCCAGAAUUAUGGUUUUCAAUGUCUGGAACCCAUUUCCUCAACCUUACGAACUUUUAACUCCGAACAGAUGAGCACCCGGAGGAUUUAUUCCAGCAACUCAUGGCCUUCUUCAAAGACAACUUGUUAUCUGUUAACAGUGGCCUAUAACCCACCAUGGGGAUCCUGUGGUUGCAGAUGAAGAUCUUUCCCCAUCACUUGAAAACACUAUCGUUUUUCUGCAUCUACAACUAAUUAACCAAGGACUUCCAUUACUUGUCAAGCAAAAGAAUGGUUAUGAGGACCCUUGCCUCUCUCAAGCCAAAGAUUUUUUUGACUCUCAGUUCUCUCCUUAAUGAGCUAUGCUCCAUAGAAGGCACCAAAACCAUGCCUGUCAGUUAAUGUCUUUCCACAUUGCAGUGCAGAUGACAGACAGCCUAUUCUUGUCUUGUGUUCUGUGCAAAAACUGCUGGUUGUGCCUCCUACACCCCUGAUCUUAUGGAUUGUUGUUACCUGCCUGAGCAUGAUGGGAGACUUUGGGCACUCUCUCAAUCAGCCUAAGAAUUAACACUAACAAAAACUUUGUGGUUGAACGUUCCAUCAAGGAAUUUGGAUCGGAACACCUCAUCUUAUCUCCUGAGGGAGGUCUUCCAUUGUCCUUACCACCCCCCUGUGUGUUCACACACUGUAAAGCUGUUUUGACACCCGGUCCUGUGCUUCCUGCCCACAGCUAGCGACAAUCUCGGACAAAACUGUUGCGAAAAUUGUAUACUUGGACAGCAUUUUUCUAAACAUCAUAACUUUACCAAUUCUUCCCUCUCCCCCUUCCCCUGAAAGCUAUGUUCUUGUGUAUUCAAAAGAAAGCCUGAUCCCUGGGCAUUUGUGGGAAGCAACAUUGAUUUGGAGGAAGCGGUUUCCUUUCCGCAAAGGUGUCAUUUUGGAAAUAGUUUUGUUGGGUAGGAAAGUGGACAUGAUGGGGAAAACUUUCUCAAGUAGUUUUGUCCGGGAUUGUAGCUACCUGCUGAUACCAGAGGGAAUUGCACCCACCUUGAGCCCUCCUGAAGCCCACUUGGAGUGUUCCAUUGGUAAUGAUGAUGUAGCUCUUUUUCCUGCUAAUAGAGUGCCUCCAAGAGCUCCUAAAGAGCUCCAUUUUGGAAUAAUAUUAGGACUCGGGGCUUUGACUAGUGUCUCCAUUUGCUGUACCUCAGGACUCAUUCAUGAACUGCAUAAUUUAUUUAGUACUGCUCUCAAACAGCAAAGCUAAGGGGCUCAGCUCCCCACCAUUACAUUCAGUGUUACUAAUUCAGUCUUAAGCCUUGGUCCUCACUGGGUGCUCAUUAGGCAUCAGAGAUCGGAGAAUUCUCUGUUUACUAAUUGUAAGUCUUCGGCAAAUGUUCAGUAGCCUACGACUAUUUUUUUUUUCAGAUGUAGAGCCUUUUUCCAAAUAUUCUCCUGUAACGUUACACCUUUCUCCUCCUACUAGAAUUCUUUAUGAAAACCCUGUGUUCAUGUUCUCCUAGUAUUGCUUUUUGUGUAUGCCAUUGUUGCAUUUUAAACUUUCUGACUGCGUUCUCUCUAUUUUACAUGUAGGUACCUGCAAGUACAAUGGUCAGGAUGUAGUUAUCAAAGAGGAAGACAGUACCCACAUUGGACAAUCUCACAGUACAAAACAGUUAAGAAGGGUAAGCUGUAAAGAAAGUGGACAGAGUAUAGGAGUUAAAUUGCGUACUGUUAAGAUCAAUACACAGCAUAUUAUUGUCUGAGUGUGCCAUUAGCCACAACUGUUACCAGACUGUGUUAUGUCAGGUAUUCUUUGCUUUUUAAGGUCAACUAUUAAGUUUAGAAAGGUUGGCUGCGUAAUCUUGCACUUGACUGGCUACAACCUUGGACAAAACUGCUGAGACAGUUAUAUCUUCCCGCCAUACUACUAUCUCCUCUAAACAGAGAAAGUAAGCCCCCUCCUCACCCCCUAUUCAAAGUUGUCUUUGUCUAAAAACCAAUGUGUGUAAUUCUCGUGCUAUCCUAAACAAUAUUGGAUGAGGGGAUGGGGGAAUGGACAUUCAUUUGUUGACGGUUUUACAUUUUUGCCAGGAUGACAGGUAAAAAUAGGUAUUUUUGCGAUGUGGCUCAACAGGUUUUUGUUCAAGGUUGUAGCUGUGUUCUCCCUUGCAUUCACUAGGUGACUAUGUCUUAUUUUGUUUUAUUGUUUUUAAUAAUUGAUGAUAACAAUGGUUUUCUUUUGCAGGAGAAACGAGUUGGUUAUGUAAAACAUACUCACCUGAUGCCUCUUUAUGCAUUCAGUGAAGAAAAAGGGUAAUUUAAUAGCACUUCAUCAUUCAAUCUAUUGUAACCCAGCUUGCCCCAGUUCUUUGUUCUUCCACACCACAGGCUGGUUAUAUGCACACUCCCUAUUUAAAAAUUUAUCUGCACUUUCUAUUUACCUCGAAAAUAUAAUAGUUCUGUGGUCUUUUCUAUUGAAAUAUUCUGUGGUGAUAAGCAGCAAGACCACCUUAUGUGCCAAACAUAUGGAUUAUUCAAAAACUAUAUUUGAUGGACAAAUUCUUUUAAACACAUUUGACCAUCACUAAAUUGAAGAAUCCUUGAUCAUUAACCUUCAACACCCUUAUUAAUGAAAUUAAAAAAAGUCAUCUUAAUGCUAUGUAUUGUAACCUUUAUUUAUCUACUUAUUUACAUAUUUACUCAUUCGUAUUAAUGUUAAUUUUAAUCUCUUUUUCCUUGAUGUUGUAAAUCCCUUUUUUUUCUUGUAAAAAUGUCUUUAAAGGGAACCUCCACUCUUACUACAGAAUAAGUUUAAAUCGAAUAAAAUUAUGUUGAUAAACAAAUUUGUUCGAAAAGUGAAUUUUAAAAUCGCUUAUUUUCACUUUCAAAUUUCGCGGGCGGCGCCAUCUUGAAUAAUUGUGACGUGUUACGGUUGCUCUUUUGUUCUGACACAAAGAGCUUUUGUUUAAUAACAAUAGGGCAACCAUUACACGUCACAAUUAUUCAAGAUGGCGACGCCCGCAAAAUUUGAAAACAAAAAUAGGCGAAUCUAAAAGUUAUUUCUUUCGGAUACAAACGCUUUCUUUAAAAAUAUUUUAGAUUAACUUGACUGUAACAGUUAUUUCCUGUUAUUUAAAGUUAUCUUUUUGUUGAAGUGGAGGCUCCCUUUAAAUGUAUCCGUUCUCGUAGGUGGGAUAACCACGGCAGACUGCCUGCCUUGAAUAGCUUUAGCUAAAUUCAGGCAGUGUGUAUGUUUAGUGUAUUUUGUUGCUUUAUAAUAAAGUUGUUGUUGUUGUUUGCUGUUGUUAGUACAUGUAGCUCUGUCAUUAGUUUACAUUUUACUCUGGUUUAUUCACAUGACUCUUUGUAAGACCAUGUGGUUAUCCUACAAUAUAUCCACAAACAAAUUGUCCAGCCUGGUUUCCAUACAUUUCCAUCAAGAAUUAGUUGAGAGAAUUUGAUGAAAGAUCGAAGAAUUUUCCGUGUAGUGAUUUUUUUAAUAAUUCUCAUAGCGUCUUCUCUUGAUUAUGUAUCGUUAUUGAUAGGCCAAAAGUGAUGCGGGUCACUCUUAAGGACUUAAAGGGUUAAAUACAUUGUUACGAAUUGAUGAUGAUGAUGAUGAUGAUGACAAUGAUGACAACAAUGACAAGUCACCAGUAGGGUUAUGAAAUGAGACCUUCAAAUAAGGUUCCCUUAAAAUAAUGAGCAAGAUGAGAAUGAUGUAGACUCAUUAUAACAUUGUCUCUUAUUUACAGGAAACCAUGCUGCCUUAUGUAUCCUAAAAUGCACAGUGACUUAAGAACAGCACUAUUAAAGGACAAGCAUGGACAGGAAAAGUUGUCUUGGGAAAAUCGUGUAAGGAUAGCUCUUCACACUGCUAGGGCUCUGCAGUAUUUACACACAGGUGUAAAAACUGAGAGAAAUAUCAGGUUUGUUGUCCAAAAAUUUGUUAUCAUUAUUCAUCUAGCCAUGUUGGACAAUACUACACGAUUUAACAUGAUUUAAGAGGGUAUGCCCCCUCCUGGGGGCACUUAUUAUUUAAAGGAUGGGGAGGGGCUUAUUUUGUUCUUUAAUUUUCUGAAUCAAUAUGACAUUUUCUGUUUCAAGUGUAUACAAACUCACAUUAAACUGGAAAGCUCAACGAAUGUAUUUCUAACUAAAAACACAAAAUUAAUGUAUUUGUAGGAGACUCUGUUACUUCCUUCUACAGUUUGGUUUCAACAUCUUACCAUUACGAAGUUUCUAUUUUAAAUUCUUAGUUAACUAGUUAUCCACUUCAAUGUCAAUCCUCAAGCGGUGUUGUCACAAGAUCUACAUCUUUAACAUUGGAAAGUGUGAUGCCCUCAAAUGCUUCGUCCUGCAGUGACUGUAUGAUAAUGUUACACCCCUUAUAAUACUUUAUUUUCUUUAAAAAUAUACAUACUUUAAACCCCACAUUUAGGAACGAAGAGAGUGUGGGCAUUUUAAAAUACAGCCCUAUAGAGGGUAGUCUGCUUCACAGCCGUUUUUAGUGUCGUCACGCAAGGAGCUUUGCGUGACGACACUAAAAACAGCUGUGUAGCAGACAUAGAGGGCUGUAUUUCAUCAUAAAUAAUAAUGAUAAUAAUAAUAAUAAUUUAAUCCCUUCUAUUGCGAAGUAUUCAUAGAAAUGAUUAAAUGAGCAUUACAUUGCUAAUAAAAGCAUAAAAAAGCCUAUUUACAAUACAAAACACAAAUUAUAAGAAUAUAUACUCUACUACAAUGGAAAUCUAAAAUAUCGACAUGUCACUUGUUAAAAUUCAUUUGACUAUAAGCACACUUAAAAAGGUACAUCUGAAGAUGGCGUUUAAAGCAUUCCAUAACUUGGACGUAGCCACCUGGAAGGACCUAUUGCCCAGUAUGACCUUAGUUCUAAAUGUUGGUGAUGCUAGAAAAGUCCCACCAGACAAUCUGAAGUUAUAUGCGCCUUGUGAUUUCAAAGAAAAUAAUGUGUGGCUAUGCUUGAAUUGAAUGCAAAUAACAAAAUCUUAAAAUGAAGGCACUGCUUUUACGGAACCCAAUGUAGCCCAUACAUCGGUGGUGUAAUAUAUGCCUUGGUUGAAGCGCAUGGUGCAACAAGCAAGCCUUGCUGCAGUGUUUAAAUCACACCAAACUUUGUUAAGCUGUGAGGCAGGUAGACCAUACAAAAGGCUAUUGUAGUAGUCAACACGAGAAGUGAUGAAUGAACGCACUAAGGUCUUAAUUUCCUCGGGGCUUAGGAACUUGCAAAUACGGCUGAUGUUAUGUAGAUGAAAGAAAGCUGAGCUACAGAGCUUGCUAAUAUGAGUGCGGCAGGGUGCGGCAAGUGCUGUCCAAUAACCCAGUCCUAGUAGAGCGACCUGUUGGGCAAGCAUGUUUUAAUAAUUUAUCACAAGUUGUUCAACAGGGAAGUAAUAUAUUUACCCGAUAAAGUAGAUGCUGGCAUGUGGUGAAAAGGGGUGACUGCUAGGCCUGCAUGACUGCUCAGGGCCAGUAAUCUCCAGCAACCAUUUGCCCAAAGGGCAAACAAUUUUUAAAAUUUUCACACGGCACCCUGAUGACGGGAAGAUGUCAUAGCUAUUCUUGUGCCCACAUCUGUAGGGCAAAUUGUAAUUGUAACAGUCAUUAGUACAUUGGAGUUAGACUGUCUGUAAAGACAUUAGAUUGAUGGCUGGUUGUUCGCUCAGUUUCAUCUCCAUUGUUCUGAAAAGAUUAAUUUAGGCUAACUUAAUGUAUUAAGUUCUUUAUUGUAGACAAGAGAUUGUACACAUGGAUGUGAAGCCAGGAAACAUUUUCCUCGAUGAAGAAUUCAAUGCUCGUCUUGGAGAUGCUGGAAUGUCACAGGAGUUACCCACAGAUCACUCAUAUGCUUCUAUAAGCCAGAUGCGUGGAACAGAGGGUUACAGUGAUGUUCACUGCCAUGAUCUGCGUUUAAAACCUAUCAACGAUAUUUUUUCUUUUGGAGUUGGUAGGUUACAAGAUUGUUUUGUUUUUAAUUAUCACAAGGUCAUCUUAUAGCUAGCAGCACAGUGGAUCAAAUCUGCCCUAUCGCAUGGUCUCUUGCCAAAGUUCUGAAAAUCAUGUCUCUCAAUUUGUAGCGUUUAAAAGUCAACUAUGAAAAGGCCUGACUUCAUUCACAAUGGAGAUUGAGUGGUUAUGAUCCAUUGAAAACAGCUUUUUAUUUCACCCUGAGACUCCAUUGAUUAUGGUCUAGUGAAAACUAUAGGCUGUUGGAGUUGCAAAUAGAAGUAGAAGAAAUAAUUAACUAUAUGUAGUCCUAAAACAAGGGUACGAGCAUUGUGAUUGGCUUUUCCUACUACUUUCUUCCAACUCAGGUAAUCUGUUUUUCACUAGACUGUAACUACAUGUAUACAGAGUUAUAGGUGGUUUGGAAGAAAAUGAAACAGUCUGCGCACAUUGACAUACAGCUGUACAUGCCAACUCUCCCUGACUAUCCAGGAGUCUCCCAGAUACGUCACCGAUCUCCCGCUCUCCCGUACCGGUGACCAUAUCUCCCGGAUAAAAUCAUCUUCUGAGCUUUUUUGUGCCUUAGUUUGAGAUUUGGCCCAUUUUUAGCUCAAAACUAGAAGUUUUCUUAUUCACAGUACGGUGAAGUUUCUGGGGCAUUUUUUCAGGUAUUUAGUCACUGACAAAGAUUAUUUCUGGCAUUAAAAUGAUUGCGAAUUUUGAUAGUAUGUACUUCAUGUAAGACUUCAUUUAAUGUCCUAAGUCAUUCCCAUUGGGGAGGGCAUUGAAAUUCCAGGGGGGUGGUGAAAAAAAGAGACUCUCCAGAUUUUAGAGCUCCAGAGUUUGGCAUCUCUGCAUUGAUUCCGGGGAGCUUGUGACUCUGCUUUUGGCUUCUCUUUGCAAUUUUCCCUCAGGUCUAGGUCAUAAGCACCCCACUUACAACUGUGAUAUUAAGUCAUUCAAUCGUGAAAACCAAGUAGAAUUUCUUGAAGCCGACCACUUAAUACAGGAUUGACUAGACUACUGUUGUGGGAACAAAAAGGUGACCUUAGUUAACAUCCGACACCUUCCCCCCUGGGGUGAACAAUCCACAGAACACAAAACUUUAUCCUUGUGUGCAUAAUGUGUGAAACAUUUUAUGUGCGCUUGAUCUCAUACUUAAUGGUGCAAGAACUUGUGCACUGAAUUAUAAUGUAUGAGAGCUCAGCUUUUACAAAGUGAGCGCUUUUCAUUUGUUUUCAGUCAUGCUGGAACUUCUUACACAGAGGAAGGCAGUUGAAAAGACUGGACUCUUGCAUCAUGUUUUAAAGAAAGAAGGAGUUUUGUCGGAUCCAGAAAGGUUGAUGACAAAGGCAAAGAAGGUGAGUUGAUUCUUUGAAGUUUACGACCUUGAUGAAAAAAAAGCAGCUAAUUAGAACACUUCACCCGCACACUCAACAAAUGAUCAUUAUGUCAUUUAGAACUGGAGUAUCUACUCUCAUAACACGUCUGGAACAAGGAAGGGUAUUGUGUUAUUCUAGAAAAUGAUCGUACCCUUCCCACAGGGGGUUUUAAACCCCCCUUCUCUUUGAAAAUGUCAGUUUUCGUCAUACUUCCCUUCAAAUUUUGGCGUUUAAGACCUUCUACUCCUCAGAAUUUGGAAUAACUCUCCAUGGAGUAGGUACAGAUAUAUUCAUGCACUUUACAAGAAAUAUGAAUUUUAAGGUAUCCUAUCAUUUUCUCUGCAGAAUGUUUGGCCUGGAAAGGCUCAUGACAGCAAUGUCACCAAAGAAUUCGCUGCAAUUGCUAUCGACUGUCUGAAACCACCAAGUGAGCGAGCUAGCAUUCAUAAUAUUUCCAAGAGGCUAGAGGUAAAUAGACAAUAGUACUGUCUAUAAAUCAAGCACUUGUGUCCAGAUAGAGGAUAUUACAUGGCUGCGUGCAACCAACACAGACGUCCAUUAUUAACGAAAUAGAUUCCAUUUUGUUGCAAAGUUUGUGUCUCUUGUUUUUCUUUCUUGAUGGUGUCAACAUGUGGCAACAACAUUAUAUUUGGUGUUUUCUGUGAUCUGCUUUAAACUAAACAACAAAAAACGGUAAAAUGAAUUGGCUUUUUUCAAUGAAUAGAACCAUAAACCCGCCUUGUAGCACACAGAGACGGUUUGAAAUGCAUGGCCCGGCAUUCACAUGUAGUUACAGUGUAAUUUUCUUUUUCUUCGCUCAGGCCAUACUAGAGAGAAAAAGAAUUCACAAGGUUGCAAAGCCAAAAGAAGGAGUGAGCCGUUGUGCGUCUUGUUUGCUUAACCCUCCAGGUGAGGUCACGUGAUCAUUUUCUGUUCUAUGGUUACAAUCUUGGACAAAAAUGUUAAAAAAAAUAGACGUUUCCAUGUGUUGGCUCAAAAUAAUAAGCCCUUCACAGCACUGGCAAAUACAAGUAGUUCCCCCUGAUCUUCUUUUUCAGCUGAGCAGGUGAUCCCCUCCAAAGUUCAUUUUGCAGUUUAUCAUUCAUCAAUUCAGUUGAUAUGUUUUGGGGUUUACAGAGGUGUAUAUAACGUCAAAUGUUACCUUCUGGUCCUUUACAGCUACAUGUAGUCAUUGCCGUGGUAUAAAAUUGCCAUUCUCGGUAGCAAGGGAAGCACUGAGACAAGACAAACAAAAGGCUUUUAUUAUUACAUCACUGAAAAUGGUUAUUUUCUUUUUUUUUUCUUCUCUCAGUGCGUUCCGUUCUCCAACUUGGCGGUUUGUACCAGGUGAUUCACAAGCUGCAAAGGGCCUAUUGAUUGCUCACAAAGUCAAUGAGUACUUAAUAAUUAAUUUUCCAUUUUUUGAUUUAGCAAAGUACUUGACUGUGAGAUCCUCAGGCUGUGAUAGUGUUCGUUUUGAAGGAUGUAAUUACUUUUGUGUGACGUGUUUAACACAAGCUCAGCGUAACCCACUAGAAUGUCCCUCUCAUGGACCAGCGGAACCUCUUAUAGGUAAAUAUUCACCUUUUACAGCAGAUCCAGUCCCGCCACUAGUCUGACAAUUGGUGUAUAAACCUAGUGCUUCAGUUCCAUUAAUUUAUGAAUCUCCUUAGUACUUGUAUAACGUAUAAAUAUGUGCACAUGAAAUUCUUUCACCAUCAUCAUCAUCAUCAUAAUCGUCUUCAUUAUCGUCAGUUAGAUGCAGCACAGGCGGUUGAAACCUUCCUCUAGCUGUUAUUGUCCUAGGAAAUGUUAGCUGUUUGGGCUGAAGAAAGAAGGCUCCAUUAACGCUGCUCUCUCUGGUUCGGUCGGCUGGUAAUAGAGCUUAGGGAGUACGUUGACCUAAGGAAGUCUUUGGUCGCUUUGGUCGGCAUUAUGCCCAGACCUUUAGCUUUAUUUUGUACCAUUUCAUGCGUGUAUGGUGAUGAUUCACCUAAAAUUAUAACUCGUACGCUUUUAUUGUAAUUUCCAUUAGAACAAACUAGUAACAAACUACAUCCCCUUUUUAUUAAAAAUCGUAAAGGGCCUACCAGUCCUUGUGUACCAGACACCUCAAUCCUGCUGCUGGCAGGGUUGAAGGUGCGAAUGUGCUCCUCAAGGAAGAGUAGCCGUAAAGCGAUUGCUUUGUUUUUUAUACUAUGCCGUUCUCCAAUUUUUGUUACUGAUAAACAUUUGCCCUACCAAGAAGACCCCUCUCAAUAUUGAUACAUGUAAAUGGCCAGCACUCAACUGUCUUAAAUGUUACGUGUGAAAUUUCUCAGGGAUCUGUGUUGUCCUCCGCAGUGUUCGCCUUGUUUUCCUUGACCUGACAAAUUCAGUUUCCCUUGUCUUCGUCUACACCUGCGUAUGACAAUAUCGUUUAAUGCAUAAGGGAGACUGUUAACAAUGCUGCUCUAAAAAGAGCUAUGACUUUCCUCUCGGUAAAGUGCAAAGCAGUUGUUGAUAAGAACAUCGCAAAUCAGGCUGCUCAAUUCUGUGAUGACGAGGAUUAGAUCCAGUGGGUCGCACACACUUUCCUUUUGAGCGUCACUACUGUUGACCGGCUUUCCUGGAUACAAAAGAGUUUUGUAAACAACCUGAACCUCUAAAUUAGGAUUUUGGUCCAAAACAGGGAUACCCCUUUGGAUUUGUAUCUGUAUUUGUAAGCACCUCCAGUUCUAUCAGGUUCUAUAAAAAUUAUGGCCUUCACGACGUGUUGCAGUAUGUACUUUGAAGCAAGAUACAUAUUGAUGGAAACACCCCUUGGUCCAACUCUAAUAAGCCACCACCGAAUCUCUGCUUUUGGCUGGGAUUAGGUGUCUACUGUACCUGUAAAAAGAAUAUUUCUUUUUAUUUUUUGUCUUGUAGGAGGAUCUGAUAUCUAUGCAGUCCUGGUUUGUGGAAAUGACUCCAAAGACAAAAUAAAUGCAGCAGUCUUUGAUAGAGAUCUGUAUGAAUUCAAGAAUGUUAUUGAAGACUGUCGUAUCAUUGGAGUCAGGUAGGUGUUUUAAACUCCUGUUCCAUAUUCUUGAAUUCACGGUGAGUUUUCUUUUUCGCGAUUUAGUCAUUCUGUCGUCCACCCUGGUAACUGUGGGGUAAAUAGUAACCAAAGGUUACCGAGCGUGGGCGACAACGAUGGAAGGUCACAAACAUUUUUACUCCAACACUGUGCUUUACCUAAGGUUUACGUGAUAGAUGGUCACACUACGCGUGAUCUGAUUCCAUUAACAAGUUAUAGAAGGUCCAAACGCGUGUGAUUCGAUUGCGUUCCCUGCUUUCCAUUCUUUGUUUUUAGAAAUCCAAACAAAGCUGGCUAUAUACGUGUCGUACAUGGUUAAUAGCAACCUGCAGAUUAGGACUGCGGGCUCCUCUUGUCGCUUGCAAAAAUGUUAGGCUCCUCUUGUCGCCUGCAAAACGUUAUAGCACACAAACCACAAGAUCUUGGUUAUGAUAGUCUUGUAUGGUCGACAUCCCAAUUUACAAGUCAUUAUCGUGCACCACACAUUAAUAUAGCCUAUCAAGACAAUGUGUUUGUGAUAUUCUGGCCGAUGGAUUUCAAGAUCUUAUAGCUUGAUGAUCCCCCCGCCCUCGUAAAAUUUGGUAUUCUGGGAAUAGUUUCUUGAAAAUCACAGGGGAAUUUCUUAUGUUUUUGCCCCCAGCAACAUGACUGAUGUAACGCUUGUUAAAAAAUCAAAUGGAAUGGAUAUAAUAAGUGUACCAUAGUAAACCUGAAAAUAUUCAUGUCUUCUGUUGAUUCCAACUUUGAUCAUAGGAGAGACCACAUUUACUGUGUUAAGCCGCAUUCAUCCUGUCAGCUGUCACAAGCCACCGAAGUCAAGCAAGCACUAGCGAAAUUAAAACAAGAUCUACAGCAGGAGGGAAAGAGGGAUGUCUUCUUGUAUUUUUACUUUACUGGUCACAGUGACAAUAGUCAAAAUUUGAUAUGUUCUUCGUACGAUGAUGUCCUCACAGUAUCCGACUUGAAGGACCAAUUUACUCAUCUAAAAGGCCUUGUUGGCGAAUUCUUGAUUAUCUUGGAUUGCUGCUUUGCGGAUGGAAAUAUUGUUUCCGACGAUAUUACAAAUGAAGCUUACUUUGUCCACAAGUCUCCUGACCAGGAAGACAAACAAGACUCUUUUAAGCGACUUUCUGUUGACCUCUACAGGCUCCUUGAUGAUAGGGAGGACUUCGAGGACAUUAAAACACCUAACCCAAAGGAGGCCGAACAAGAUACGUUAGACGGCAAUUUGAUUUUAAAGGCUCCAAGUAAAGCAAAAGUGACAGUGCGCCAGUGGUCUUCCUCUUUAAGUGAACAAAGCUCUUACGGAAAGCGUACAGGCAACAGUUUCUUGACACAGUACCUUGUUCGUGGUUUACGCGGAGCACACUCUAAAUGUCCCCUUACAAAAUCAAGUUGUUCUUGGUGUGAAAAAUUUAGGGCCCAAGCCAGAAGUGUUGGGUACAUUACAGCUGCAAACUUAGAAGCUUACAUUUCAAAGCAUGUCGACAAACAAUUACAAAGACCAUCGGGAGAAAAGAGACAGACUCCGUGCAUGCGAUCAUUGUUGCAUUCCAAUGAGACAGUCUUGGCUUACUACAGUGAGGAUGUCUUACAGGAUGAAGUCAUUUUUAAGUGUCCCUCCGGCCGCAUUGAAGGAAUCGUUGUUGAUCAGUUUCCAUUCACACUUUUGGAGUUUCAGAAGCAGUUGUUUAGUGUUACCAAGGUUAAAGGUAUGUAGUUUAUCUUAUGUGUUCACCAAGGUGCCUGUAUAUAUUCCUAACAGAGGUAACCUUAAACCUGUGUAAAAUCAGUCCUACUGUUUUUCGCCUUCUCUGGUUGACAAACAUAAAAUCAGCCGUUGCUGUUUUUUUUUUGUUUGAAAAUCACAGAUAAAUCAAGACAGUGAAUGCUUGAGGCAUCAACUGAGCUUCUGCUAUAAAAGGCAAUCUGUGAAUUGCGAUCAAUUACUUGAUUAAACUAUAACCCGGUGGUGGCCCUGAUGGAAAAACGUUUGUGUACUAAACUCCAUUUUUUUGUCGUAACUAACAGAAAGUUUUCGAACAUAAUUAUUGACUAUCCUUGAAAUUAUCAGCAUAGGUUUGGGAAUUGAACGAAAAAAAUAAUAUUAAACAAACGCUGACAAACGUUUUCCAAAUGUUAAUUCAGCUGAUUUCUUCAGACUUUGAUUGGGGAAAAAACUCCACACACAGGGUCCAUUUAAAGGUGGCAAGAAAGACGGGGUACGGUGACUACCUGUCUAUCGAGAUUUACCUUUACAACUAGCUGUAUACGUAAUUGAUUCCUUGACAAUAAAAUUCAAAUUAAAUUGAAAUAUAAUUCUCCGUCCACUACCUUGUAGACAAUCUUCCAAACUGUGUUGAGCCAAAGCAUCUUCAGAUUCUUUGUGAUGGUGACGAAGUUACCACAGAUUCUUAUGUUGACCUCAUGGACUUCAUAAGACAAGGAUAUGACGUGAGAUGCCAGCUCAGACCACACUCCAGCAUUGUUCAUGGCCCGGUAAUGCUUGAGAUCCACGAUUCCAGAGAGCUGGUCGUAACUCUUCUUGAAUUAUUGCUGCAGCCUGCAAGUUCCUCCCAGGUUCGUGUCUCAUCACUUUGACUUUUACUAUGAUUUCCGCCCAGAAUCUAAAAGUAUCAGGUAUUGUCACUAACAGUCCUAUUCAGGACUGCACUCACCUGUCAGUCAUUACUCCUGUUAGGCCCGGUAGGUGCUUCAGUGCCAGUUUCUUUGACACACGUUUAGCCACAAGGCGCAGAGGAGUUUUUUUUUUUUUUUUUACCGUGAUUGCAGAUCAAUUUUUAAUUUGAUAGCGGUAAUUGCCUUUUUUACUGUAGAAUCGAUUAUGGACUUGACGGAUCAAAACAUCAUAGGUUCGUUUUACAAACCUGGUAAAAUAUAUAUAACCUAAUGCUCGUUAGGAAUGAACGUUCAUCCAUAUGGACUACGCAUCCAGCAUGGCAAUCUUUCUAAGCGAGGCACGAAGUGCCGAGAAGUAAACCAUUUGAACAUUCUAGACCUAUUCUUCCCACGUUUGUAAAUGAUAUAUUAUACAUAAAGGGGUUGUUUUGUUUUUUUUCUUUGUGCAGGACAUGACCACUUUUGAGUUGGACACCAACCAGACCACAUAUGAUGCUGAAGAUGUUAAAUUUAAGUUGGAGGACAAACCAACAGUCACUAAUUUUACGGAGACUCCUCUUGGCAAGUUUAUUUCCGAGAUGAUUUUGACAGUGUCUUCGUCUCCUUCCUUUGGCAUUUUAACGAUCCAUGUUCGGUCCAACAGCUUGGAUUGCAGUUUCAAGGCUUGUGAUUGAGACGCUAGAACAUUGAAAUGAGGAACGAUUUCUGAGAAAUCUCGAAAUGGUAGGGGAAAAAAGGAAGCGAUUCACAACGGAAAACGUUAGCGUGAAUUUCAUUUCCUCAUGAUCCUUCCUGGGAGGAGACAACCCU